AGCAAGUUUUGACCUAGACGGGCCUCCUUUUCUCUUCAUCUUCCGACUAUCAUCAUCUGCAAAACAUUUCCGGUAAUGCAGGCUACCAUCGCGUUCCCAGUCGUUGACAAAGAGAACAUAAGCAACGUCGCCAGCAAGAAGAACCCGCGAAAGCGCACCAUCACGACUGUCGAUGGAGAGACUAUCGAUCUUACAAAGGAAUUUGAGGCGAGCUCGUUGGUGGUCGAGGCGAUGAAGCAAAGGAUUUUUCAGCUAGAGGAUGAGUUGGAGGCAAAGAGAAGUGCACAAGUGCAAGGGCCUCCUGCAAAACGCACCAGGACGAGCACUAUCCUCGCUGAACCCCAGUCCGUCGCAAGUGGCAGCGUGAAGGCAGGUGCGAGCAAAGCCGACGAGAAGAAACGCAAGAUGCAGCUCAAAAAGAUAUUUGACAGGAUCAAGAAGGACUGCAAAUCCGACACCGUCAAGUUCCAAGGAACAUCCAAGACGAUCAAGUGCGACGAAGUCUUCGAACAGGCCGAGUUUGACGGUCUAUUCGGAGGUAAGGGCGUCUUGAUACAGCCCACACCCCAGAAUAAGCCAAAGAGCGCGGUUACGAUUAUUCGUUUCACUACCAAGGCACAAAUCGCGGAGUUGUUCGGUGACGAACUGAAAGCGCUGAAAGGGAAUCGGUGGACACGAGGUGGGGGUCCUUCAUUUGCGAAAUCGGUCAAGCUGGGAGCAUGCGAUGUCGAGAUCGGCUCAGCGGAGCUGAAUUACUCACGGAACAAUAUGAAGUGUAGCCUCAAAUUUGAGGUAUAUGAAGUUGGCGGGGGACGCGGUGAUGAUAUGUUUUUGUGGUGAUAUACUCGCCCUUCCAAGUCCACUGUUUUACCAUGCUCUAUCUUAUUCAGUUAUUAUUUCGUGACUAUGCACCAUUACGUUUACCUGUGCAAUUUGAUUAUGGAUAAAAGUUCC